UAGAUAAACGACAAGUAUGCCAAGGUACACAGUACAUGUCCGAGGGGAAUGGAUCGCUGUGCCUUGCCAAAAUGGUACAAACACUGUGAGAUGGCUGGGCAAAGAAGCGGUGAGGCGUUAUAUGAAAAACAAGCCUGAUAAUGGUGGGUUUGCAUCUGUGGAAGAGGUGGAAUUCUAUGUCCGCCGUUGCAAAGGACUUGGAUUGCUGGACCAUGAUGAUGAAUUGGAUAUUGCACUGGAAGACAAUGAGUUUGUGGAAGUUGUAAUACAAGGAGAUGUAAGUUCUCCAGACUUCAUUCCAUCACAGCCAGAAGGAGUUUAUUUAUAUAGUAAAUAUCGAGACCCGGAAGAGUAUAUUUUUUUAGAUGGAAACAGUCUGACCACAGAGAAGUUGGUCAGUUUAGGAAAGGGCCUCUAUAAGAUCAAGCUUACUCCUGAAGCUGAAACUAAAGUCAGAGCAUCAAGUGAUGUUAUUAAAACUAUUGUAGAAGAUGCAAAAGAUCCUGUAUAUGGAAUCACUACAGGCUUUGGAAAGUUUGCACGAACCCGUAUUUCAAAGUGUAAACUACAGGAGCUUCAGGUGAAUUUAAUUCGGUCACAUUCUGCAGGUGUUGGGAAACCUUUGAUCCCUGAAAGAUCUCGUAUGCUUUUAGCUCUGCGGAUCAAUGUUCUAGCAAAAGGAUACAGCGGGAUUUCACUGGAAACUCUUCAGCAAACAAUUGAUGCAUUUAAUGCAUCCUGCCUUCCCUACAUCCCUGAGCAAGGGACCGUUGGAGCCAGUGGAGACUUAGCCCCUCUUGCCCAUCUUGCGCUGGGGCUGAUGGGAGAAGGAAAGAUGUGGUCCCCAAAGAGUGGAUGGGCUGAUGCAAAAUAUGUGCUGGAAGCCCAUGGAUUGAAACCAAUUAACUUGAAGCCAAAAGAGGGCCUUGCUCUUAUCAAUGGGACACAAAUGAUUACUUCACUAGGAUGUGAAGCAGUUGAAAGGGCUGCAGCAAUUGCCAAACAAGCUGACAUAGUGGCUGCUCUCACACUGGAAGUUCUGAAGGGUACGACAAGAGCAUUUGACACUGAUAUUCAUGCAUUGCGACCACAUCCUGGGCAGAAUGAGGUGGCUUUUCGAUUCAGGUCACUUUUAAACUCAGACCAUCAUCCCUCUGGAAUAGCAGAAUCUCAUCGAUUUUGUGAAAGAGUACAAGAUGCAUAUACGUUACGUUGUUGUCCUCAGGUCCAUGGUGUUGUGAAUGACACAAUUGCUUUUGUAAAGGAAAUUAUCCAGACGGAAAUCAACAGUGCAACAGACAACCCUAUGGUUUUUGCUGAAAGAAAGGAGACAAUUUCUGGAGGGAAUUUCCAUGGUGAAUACCCUGCAAAGGCUCUGGACUAUCUUGCAAUUGGUGUUCAUGAACUCUCUGCAAUUAGCGAAAGGAGAAUUGAACGGCUGUGUAACCCAUCCCUUAGUGAGUUGCCACCAUUUUUGGUCACAGAAGGAGGUCUGAACUCAGGAUUCAUGAUUGCACACUGUACGGCAGCAUCCCUGGUUUCUGAGAACAAAGCCUUGUGCCACCCCUCUUCUGUGGAUUCUCUUUCAACCAGUGCUGCUACAGAGGACCAUGUCUCCAUGGGAGGAUGGGCUGCGAGGAAAGCUCUAAAAGUCAUUGAGAAUGUUGAACAAGUGUUGGCUGUAGAACUCCUUGCAGCUUGUCAGGGCAUUGAAUUUCUACGCCCUCUGAAAACUACAACCCCAUUGGAGAAAGUCUAUGACCUUGUGCGUUCUGUUGUCAAACCAUGGUUAAAAGAUCGCUUCAUGGCCCCAGACAUUGCAGCAGCUCACAGACUGCUUGUGGACCAGAAGGUUUGGGAAGUAGCUGCACCGUACAUUGAAAAAUACAGAAGAGAGCACCCCCCUGAACACAGGCCUGGAUCCCCCACUGCUUUUUCCUUAGCACACGAAGGUGCUUCACGCUGUCGUCAUCAUCACCACCAUCACCACAGUGACUCAGAAUAAUUUGAUGUACAAUGUAUUGGCUCAUGGCCUACAUCUACCAUUGAAGAAUUAUAGGAUUUUAAAAAAAAUCCUCUUUGGUUUAUGAUAAGAAUUAGGGUGCUUACAAAUAGAUCUGUGAACCAAAAAGCAGGGGAAUGAAAAUGCCUACCUUAUUUUCCAUGCCAUAUAAGAAGUAAACAUAUUCUAUAGUUUUUCAUAUUGUACUUUUUUACAGCUAAGGCUCCAUUUCUUCACACUUCUCUUGGUCUUUAGCCCCAGUCUACAUCCCUUGCAGGUUGGUGGAAACAAAGGGUAUUUUUAAUUGUUAAAUUUUUUGUUGGAAAGGGAAAAUCAUUGCAUUACUUGAGCCCGUGAAGAAUAGGGCAUCAAUAUUUAAUUUUGGUAUGACUAUAAUAGCUUUUAUACUACACUUGUGGAUUUUGAAAGCGCUUCACAUAUAGUAUCUCAGUAAUCUUCACAUCAGACCUGUAAGGUAGUUUGAACUAUAAUCCUUUAUUAUAAUAUUGUUUGUCAAAUAAUUCAAGAAGCAUUCCUUGUAACCCACAGGAGUCCCCAUAUUAUCCUGAAGUGUGAGGAAGCUAAAGCUAACAGAGUAGCUUACAACAGCCAUGUUCUUACAGAGUGCAAAUCAAAUUAAUGCAUGGAUCUCAAAACACAUGCAGAACAGAUCACUCAAGGAAAUGAGCCAAACCGCACAAUACAAUUGAAGUCACAAUAUGGAUUAUAUUAUGUAUUACUGGAUUUUACAGACAAUAAAGACUUGAUAGACAUGAACACA